GUCACUUUGAAGUAAAAUGAUACACGUCAAAGCUCCGACAGAUUGGGAUUGUCAAAAAAUUCAAGUAAUUCUUUGAAAUUCUGGAUUUCACUUGUUAGAUUUUUUCUAAACUUCUUUUUGAGCACCUAAAUUACAGUAUAAUAAAAGCUAUUAAGAAACUUCAAUCAACUUCAUAUAUUGUACUGAAAAUAGUGCUAAUAUUGUUUAUCUUUUAGUUUAAUGGGACCUAAAAUUGUUUUGUAUUUUUAGGCAUUGAAAAUCAGAUUGAACCCAAGUAUUCUGCAGUGAGAAAGUCAAAUUAGCGUUACAAAAGUGUGCUUGGUCACUUGUUGUGUAAGACUACCAAAAAUUGAGAUGAAACUAAAGAUAUUUUAUAGGAAAUUACUUAAAUUGUAAUAGCCACUUUGUCCUAGAUAAAAACGUAUUUUAUUAAUCUAAAUAAAAACAAAUAUGGCAACAAAACAGAAAAAUAUAUUUACAAGGAGCAAACCCUUGAUGAACAUCUAUAGUGGUGUAGACCAUGAAGGAAAGGAGGUUGAGGUCCGUGAGGAUGCAGAGCAGUUAGUGAAGUGGCAUGAGAUAUCAGAUGCACUGGUUGCAGCUGGUUACUACCGGGCCCAGCUACAGGGCCUCUCAGCAUUUGACAAGAUUGUGGGUGGACUCACAUGGUGUAUAGAACUGUGUGACAUAGAUGUUGAUAUUAGCCUCCUUUUUGAAGAGAAUCUCACCAUUGGAAAAAAAAUAGCAUUGACUGAAAAAAUAGUAAAGGUCUUGCCAUCAAUGAAAUGUCCCCAUACUAUUGAACCUCAUCAAAUCCAAGGUUUAGACUUUAUAAAUAUCUAUCCACUAAUUUUGUGGUUAAUAAAAUAUUCAAGCGAGUUCAGAGAGGCCAAGGAAGAUGAAUUGAGGAAGUUUGCUGUUAUGCAAUAUGAUAAGUGUCAUAUAUUUGAAACAGACAGGGCUGUCUUUGUCCAAAAAGAAAAACUGCUAAGAAACUUGGCUGUGGUACAGAAUUUGUAUAAGCCAUGCAGAGUACGCAAGAGGAAGGGAGGACUUCCUGCCAAUGAGCUGGAACAAGUGAAUGCAACACUGUCUGAGUAUGAUCAACGCAUGUUAAUGCAUGUGUCCGCCAAUAAAGCAAAUGUCAAAAAUGAUGAUGGAUUAGACUUUUUGUAUGAUUAUGAGAAGACUUUAGCAGACCCUUCAGAAAUCACAACUGAGGCUAACAGAUAUGUGAAAGACCAAGACAGCAAGGGAACCGAUGCAGAUACAAAGAUUCACUAUGCAGUCCUACAUUCUGAACUCACUGGAGAGGUUUCAAAAGAGCUAGAAGAGAGAGAAAAACAUAAAUAUUCAGAAGAUGUUGAUAAACUUACUAAGAAUAUUGAUGUUCUGGAAAAAGAAAUACAAGCUUUCAAAGAAACCCAUCAAGGCAGAAUGGAAAAUACUAAGAAACAAUAUGCAAAUGUUCUUGCCAAGAUGCAAAAAAUUACUAAUAAGUUGAUGAAAACUGAUGGGUUUAGUGAUAAAGAUGUGAAACACUUCUACAAGUCUCUCAAGGAAUUAGCAAGGGAAAGAAACGAAUUGUUGCAAAUAAUUCAGCACAGGAACAAGGAGCAUAGUAAAUUACAAGAAAAGUUGCAGGCAGCCAAGGAUCCAGAGGCCAAAAUCGAUGAUAAGCCGCUAUCGCCUGCGGAAUUAAAAGAGUUCAAUGAAAGAGAAGAGAAAUUGAAGGCUUUCAUCACAGCCAUGAGGCUGGAGCUAGCCAAGUUAAACAGGGAGGUGCUGCGGUACUCUACUGCCAUUGAUGAGGUGCCUGGUACUGCAGAGCUGUUGCAGUAUGAGAAGAGAUUCAUUGAACUUUACAACCAAGUUGCAUCGAAGCAUAAGGAAACAAAACAGUAUUACAUAUUCUAUAACACAUUACUUGAAGUAAAACUAUAUACCUCAAAAGAGUUGAGUCUGCUCAACUCUAUACUGGAUAACUAUGAAGAAGCUAUGUCUUCAGUCAGAAAGCGAGAAGAAUUUAUGAGUCAGUUCGAAUCUAUUGUGGACUGGGUCAACCACACGGUAAGGAAAGUCGAGGAAAAGUUUAAAAAUGAGAAGGAAAGGAAAAACGAUCUCUACAAUGAAUACUCAAGGUUGAUGGACGUCCAGAGACAGUAUGCUGCCGCAUUGAAGAAAUUAGGAGAACAACGUCAGAGGAUAGAUACAGAAAAACACAGUUGACCUAUUAACCAUAUCUCUUAAAUAUUCUAAAGACUUCGGUCUCGCUUAUAUAUUUCCACAAGCAUAGUUUAUCUAGUCCCCAGUUUAUUAGAUUAAUAAUUAUUUUCUACUUUUAUACAUAAAUAUUCCAGAGCCCUGAAACAUAUAAUUUAAGACUGAAUAUAGGUUUUAUAUUGUUCAAAUGUAUUUGUAAUUCUGUGUUUGUGAAUGCAAAAAAUAUUUAAGAAAAUAAACAACACGAUUAAUAUAAUGUUAUAUCUUCAUUUAAUACCCUGAUAGAACAAUCACACACUGUUUAAAACAACAAUUUUGAAGGGUACAUGCACCUUUUGUGCUAUACACAGCUGGGUACGUUAUCUGAAUGGUAACUCAACAUUUACGAUCUUUCAGAGCGUCUGCUGUGGCUCUUGAGAGUUCCUUUGUGAAUGACUGUGUCCAGUGGCUUGUACUUGACUAUGGCUAUGUCUUUGACUUUGUGAACUUGCACUAGUUUUCUUGUACAUCGUAAAGGAAACCAGCUCCCGAUUGGCAUUCGUCAUUGUCAUAGCGUGGGAGACGACGUCGUACCCAAACAAUGCGUGGAUACGAUUAACUACGACUAGAGUAAGCCCUUUCAGUCUUACUUGGACAUCUUUUUGCGAGGAUGUCAACCAUGCUACCUGGUGUCCAUAAGACUUGUUCAACUGCUGAAAAGAAUAAACG